ACUUUGGAACUACCAUCAAACACUAUUUUAUAUCCAAAUGAAUAAUUUUAACACUUCUCUACUAUUCUUUUUCUUCCUCAAUAUUUUAUGCCAUGCCAAGGCAUUCAACAUUACCAAUCUUCUUAAUCAAUACUCAUCUUUCAGCAAUUUCAACAAUUACCUAACACAAACCGGAGUUGCUUCCGCAAUCAACUCCCGGCAAACGAUCACUGUCCUAGUAGUCGAAAACAGCAACUUGUCACCCCUCUCGGGGAAGUCACAAGACGUGCUCGCCAACAUCAUGCGCGUGCACGUCUUGCUCGACUAUUAUGAUGUGCAAAAGCUCCAAAAAUUACCUAAUAAAACCAUGAAGGCUCCGACUCUGUUUCAAACCACUGGCCAGGCUAAUAGUGAUCAAGGAUAUUUGAAUGUGACAGAUUUGGGUAGUGGUAGUGUUGCAUUAGGCUCAGCUGCAAAAGGUUCAACACUUGGAUCAAAUUUGGUCAAGUCCAUUGCAUCACAACCUUAUAACAUUUCAAUCCUGCAAAUUAGCAAUGUUAUUAUUCCAUUGGGGAUUGAUUCAUCUACUAAUUCCCCGUCUUCAUCGCCUAAUCGUGCUCCUUCACCUAGCACAAGUGAUAAUUCCUCCGGGCCAUCACCGGGCUCUGCUCCUUUGCCCAAUAAAACUUCUACCCCUACACCCUCACCUUCUGCAGCCCCCGGCUCUGGCUCACCACCUGAGCCAGAACCACCGGCUGCAGAUACCCCUGCAGAGCCUUCCCCUUCACCGACUUCACACGCGCCUGGUUCCCCACCUAAGCCUGAUGCACCAACUGCAGACACUCCUAUUGCUGCUGAUGCACCAACAGAGGAUCACUCUCCCAGUGCUACCUCAGUUUUAGAUAUUAGCUUAAUUUUCGUUGCAAUAUCAAAUCUCUUUUUUGUAUUAGUGAUUUGAUAGGGGAGAUGGAUGAUUUUUAUCCAUUUAGGUUAUUAUACAACAAAGACAGAUCCAGGAUUUGAACUUUA